ACUGAUGGAAUUCCUGUUUUGCAGCUGCGCUCUCCACAUUAGAAUUCUCUUCUGGUAAAAAACCCUUUUGAAUAUUAGAAACUUUGAAGAAAAAACGAGAAGCGAAAAUAAAAAAGAUGGGAGAAGAAAAGGGCAAAAUUCAAGCUUUGAGGGAAUGGGUUGUGGAGCACAAGCUUCGUGCUGUUGGGACUUUGUGGGCGAGUGGGAUUCUGGGCUCAAUGGCAUACAAUUGGUCUCAACCUAAUAUGAAAACAAGCGUCAAGAUCAUUCACGCUAGGUUGCACGCUCAAGCACUUACUCUUGCUGCGUUAUCUGGGGCUGCUAUUGUCGAGUACUACGACCACAAGUCAGGAGCGAAAACAGAACGAGUGGCAAAGUUCCUAGACCUGAAAGAGAAUCAGCACAAGAAUUGAAUCUUGACUUUUGGAUGAGUAAGAAACCGUUUGCACUUACCAUACUCCACUUCUUAAUAUCCGUAAUAAAACUCAGAUGCCAUAUUGGAUAGUCAUACAUGGUGCGGCCGCAAUCUAUAAAGAUUAGCAAACUUUAUUCGAUUUUUAUGCUUCAGUAGGGGAUUUGAAUACUGAGAUGAAGCAACGAGGUUUUUUUUCCCUUACUCUAAUUUGGUUGUGGAUGUGUUGUUGUAGUGUUAAGCUUCUGCUCAUAUUCUUUGCAAUUUCAACAGUUAGGGGAAAAAUGCAUACCAUUCUUAUUCUU